AUGUGGUACUUCCUCGCCCUCCUAGGGUUGUGUUCGCGAGCGAAUGCCGCCGACUUGAACUCCCUUGUCAAUCUUUUCAUUGGCACAGUCAGCAGUGGCAACGCCUUCCCUGGUGCGGCUAUUCCCCAUGGGAUGGCCAAGGUCGGUAUAGAUGUAACAGCUGGCGUUAGACAAUCGGGAUACCUCCACGACAACAGCAGCAUCUCUGGAAUCUCCCUCAUGCACGAUGAAGGUACUGGCGGCAACGCGUUGGGAGGUUAUGGGAUUUUUCCACUUUUCCCUUUGACGAACUGUACCUUUUCGUCUUGCCCUGUUGCGCUUUCCGCUCGCGUCGCUUUGCGUGCUGCAAAUGCAGAUGCUGCUGAACCAGGAUACUUCACCACCACCUUCGUUAAUGGUAUCAAGCUGGAAACCACGAGUGCACGCCGCUCGGGCCUCAUUCGAUUCACUUAUCCAAAGUCGGGGCCAAACCAUGUCGUUGUCGACUUAACCAAUGACCUUGGACGCUCUUUCUCUGGAGGAUCUUUGACCGUAUCUGAUUUGGGAAGAGUAAAACUUGGUGGAACUUUCCUUCAGAGUUAUGGCCAGUCCAACUACACUGUCUUCGCUUGCUACGAUUUUGCAGCGCCAAAGUCGGUUAAUGAACACACGAUCGAUGCUUUUGGGACCUAUCAAUCCAAAAAUCUCUCGACUCCAAGCACUGUGACAAUCACUGCCAACUCAACGUCUCUCAACUUCCCUUAUACGGGCUCUGUGUCACCACAGCAGGCGGGUGCACUUUUGGGUUUCACUGGAUCCAGUGUUCUUGCCCGAUUUGGCAUAUCUUUCCACGACUCUGACACAGCUUGUGCUAAUGCGGAAGAAGAGAUACCUGAUUGGGACUUCGAUGCAGUUCAACGCGCUUCCGCAGAGGCCUGGGAAGACAUUUUGUCUCAUAUUGGCGUCGACACGGUUGUCGAGGAUGCUACGGUUGUUGAGUUGUUGUACUCCUCCAUGUAUCGUGCCAACUUGGUUCCUGCCAACCUGACUGGUGAAAAUCCUUAUUGGCAGAGUCCAUUCCCAUUCUUCGAUGCAUUCUUCUGCUCGUGGGAUACUUUCCGCACCGUUCAUCCUUUGCUUUCUUUGCAUGACCCCCGUGGAUGGGGUCAGAUCGUCAGUGCCUAUGUCGAUGGAUGGCGUCAUACGGGUUAUAUUCCAGAAUGUCGCGCAAACACCAAGCCCGGUUAUGUUCAAGGAGGAGACGACGGCAUGAUCCCACUCGGUGACUUUGCUGUUAAAUACGGCCAACAUGCACAGGAACUCGGGGUGCCAUCAGAUGACCUCUAUACCGCGCUCGUCGAGACAGCGGAAAAUACGCCACCAAACUGGUAUACGGUUGGACGUCAGAACACCGCUUGGAAGCAAUUCGGUUAUAUUCCGACUGACUGGACUGAUCCCUCUGGCUCAACUGGUUUGCCGACACGGGAAGCUUCUCGUGCUUUGGAGUAUGCCCUUGGAGAUUUUGCAGUCCGCCAAGCGGCCAUUGCGCUUAGAAAGGACCCCGGCGAUGUCGUCAAGUACUCCAACCGCUCGAUGAAUUUCGUCAACAUGUGGAAUCCUAAUCUUACCCAUGACGGCUUCACUGGAUUUUCACAACGGCGCGCAGUUAACGGGACCUUCUUAUUCAGCUCACCAGACGCAUGCAGCCCUGUUGAUCCUGUUGGUCAUUCUUGCGCUCGAGGUUCCGAUAACAACGUCGGGUUUUAUGAGUCCUCGUCCUGGGAGUAUAGCUUCUUUGCUCCUCAGUCGAUGGCGACAAUCGUUGAUCUUAUGGGCGGCCCGGACACAUUCAUUCCGCGGUUAGAUCAUUAUUUCGCCAAGGGAUACUUUUCCGCCGGAAACGAACCUGGGUUCGAAAAUCCAUGGGCAUACCACUAUGCCAACCGACCCGAUUUAAGCGCGUUACGCGUGAGGAAUGUCGUUUACAGAAAUUUCAACACUGGCUUCAACGGGCAAGUGAUCCCUGGGAACGACGAUUCUGGUGCAAUGGCGUCGUUGUUGAUAUUCCACCUUCUUGGAAUGUACCCCGUACCUGCCUCGAAGCAGCUGUUGAUCGGCGCACCAUUUGUUUCGGCCUUCACGAUAUUCAACGACUUCUUUGGCACGACGACAUCUUUCCGUGUCAUUAACUUUGACAAGAAAACACUACAAGCCACACCGCCAGCGGGUUCCAAUAUCUUUGUGAAAAGCAUCACGAUAAACGGGAAGCCAAGCCCUAGUCUGUGCUGGAUCAACUUUGACGAUGUGGUGGGCGGAGGCAACAUUGAAAUCGAGAUGUUCAACGACGUGACUAAAGCUGCAACAGCGGGAUGCCUCCCUGGGGGACUACCUGAUUCACUUGGGACUGGGGGUUUUGCACCUUAA